AUGGGGAUGUGGGCUUUCAUCACAGUCUUGGCGACGCUGGCCCUAGUGGUUUCAGUUGAAGGAAGCGUUGGACCGAGUACCAACAACAGCUUCUGCACAGAGUCCAAAGAGUGUCUCGAGUAUGAGCUGGUCUGCAAAACAGAUGAAUACGAGGUGCGACACUACAGCCCCACUCGCUGGGUUUCCACAGACGCUGAAGCCUAUUUCAUGGGAGUGGGAGCAGCAAUGGCCUUCAGGAGACUUUUCCAGUACAUCACAGGAACCAAUGAAGGAGGCGUCCAGAUGGAGAUGACCGCACCUGUCCUGGUCAAGAUCCCCGAAGAGACAAAGAUGUGGGAGCCAGCUAUCUACACACUCAACUUCCCGCUGCCUGCAGCCUAUCAGGACAAGCCGCCCGCACCCACCAAUGACAAGCUGUAUUUCACCGAGAUGCCAGAGAUGGACGUCUAUGUGAGGAGUUACGGCGGCUGGAUGCUGUCAGUCACCUCCAGGCUACAUGCUCACCUGCUGAUUAAAGAACUGGAGAGAGUUCGAGCUUCCUACAACCACAGCUACCACUAUGGAGUCGGCUAUGACAGUCCUUUGAAGCUUCUGAACAGACACAAUGAGGUGUGGUAUGUAGCCGAGGGCGAGCCAGUUUGCUCAGAUCCAAAAGAACCGACCCCAGCACACAUACCUCGGCCGACUCUGACCAACGCACCCACAGACUCUCCAUCUGACCCCCUCCCACACACACUCUCUGAUUCACCCGCACUCACUCCCUCAAACCUAUCCUCUUACACAUCGACAUCCAACUCUUCCUCUCCAGACACGCCCUCUGACACACCCUCUCUCCCACCAUCCGAAGCCCCUCCCAGCCCUUCGUCCCACCUGCCAUCCCAGGCAGCGUUCAGCCACCCCCCCACCUCCGCCCAGAUCCUAGUGGACCCAACGACCAACUCCUCCGAUCCCGUCUCCGUGAGCCCAUCCCUGGAGCCCCAGGGUGACGCCACCUUGUGGAACAGCACGGCACACAGCUCUGUGGACACACAAGCUGACAGUAACCCAGUGGUCGAGCCAGAUGACGCUCAUUAG